CCCCGGCCCCGGCCCCGGCCCCGGUCCCGGUCUCGGUUCCGGCCCCCGCCGCCGCCUCCCCCUCGUUCUCCCCCCGCCUCGGCCGAGCCCCGCUCCCCAUGAGCCCGGCCGGCCGGCCGCAGCCGCGGUGCGGGUAGGGCCGAGGCGGGAGCGGCUCCUGCGCCUUCCUCCUCCUCCUCCUCUUCUUCCUCCUCCUCUCCCUCCCCAGCGGUCGCCGAGCCUCCCCUCCACCCCUCGUCCUCCUUCUCCCCGCCGCCUCCGGCCAUGACUUCCCUCACCCAGCGCAGCUCCGGCCUGGUGCAGCGCCGCACCGAGGCUUCCCGCAGCGCCGCGGCCGCCGACAAGGAGCGGGGGGCCGGCGGCGGCCCCGAGGACGAAGGGCGGCGGGACGAGCCGGGGGACGACGAGAAGGGCGACUCCAAGGAGACGCGGCUCACCCUGAUGGAGGAGGUGCUGCUCCUCGGCCUCAAGGACCGCGAGGGUUACACAUCGUUCUGGAAUGAUUGCAUCUCCUCAGGAUUGCGUGGCUGCAUGCUAAUCGAAUUGGCAUUGCGAGGGCGUCUUCAGCUAGAGGCUUGUGGAAUGAGACGCAAAAGUCUAUUGACCAGAAAGGUGAUCUGCAAGUCAGAUGCUCCUACAGGGGAUGUUCUGCUUGAUGAAGCUCUGAAACACAUAAAAGAGACCCAGCCUCCUGAAACAGUACAAAAUUGGAUUGAACUGCUUAGUGGUGAAACAUGGAACCCAUUAAAGUUGCACUACCAGUUACGAAAUGUCCGUGAACGGUUAGCUAAAAAUCUGGUGGAAAAAGGUGUACUGACAACAGAGAAACAGAACUUCCUUCUUUUUGACAUGACUACGCACCCACUCACCAACAACAAUAUCAAACAGCGCCUCAUCAAGAAGGUUCAAGAAGCAGUUCUUGACAAAUGGGUGAAUGACCCCCACCGCAUGGACAAGCGCUUGCUGGCACUCGUUUAUUUAGCCCAUGCUUCAGAUGUUCUGGAGAACGCUUUUGCCCCCCUUUUGGAUGAGCAGUAUGAUUUAGCCACAAAGAGAGUGCGGCAGCUUCUGGAUUUAGACCCUGAGGUUGAAUGUAUGAAAGCCAACACGAAUGAGGUUCUGUGGGCUGUUGUAGCAGCUUUCACAAAAUAACUGCAAUCAGACUGAAGUGUUCUCUUUUCUUUCAUGUAAACCAGUUGUUUCUCUUCUAUUGACUAUUCAUGUUUUCUGUAAUUUGUACCUUCUCACAUGAAUCAGCUCUUGUUUAAUGGGGAUUAUAAGUGGUGUAUUCCCUCUUUCUCUGUGCAUCUGUAUACAGGAUUCUGCUGGUACAAGAGACCUUCCUGUUUAAAACAACAACAGAAAAAGGUUUUACUGCCAUAUUGGCAUUCCAUUUCCUAUUAAAUUUGAGUUAACUGAAAUAUUUCUGUUACUCUAUUUUUCAUCUUAUUGUUAUUGAAGUGGUUUAACAUGGAAAGCACCUCGAGGAAAUGUGCAUGCAAUUGGAUCACUAGUCUCAGCUGACACAGAUGUGUGCAUGCAUCAGUACUUCUGCAGUACAAUUCAUAACAGAUCAAAAAGGGCCUUUUUUAAAAAUCACCAAAGCUCCAUGUUGAAGUGUCUGUCAGGGCAUUUUAUACACAGGUAUUAUUUCAAUUAUGUCUAACAAAAUUACUUUAAAAGCAGAAAUUCCAUUUAGCAGCUUUAUCAAUAGUUCCUGUAAAAUGCCCCAUAAAUUUUACUUUUCAUGUAAGUCUCUUGUGUACUUAUACUUUCAUUAGAAUGGUAGCUGAGUCACAAGGCUAGUGUAGAAAGGUCCAAUUGUUUCAUAAACCAGUUUUGGGAUGGGAUACAUUCCAUUAUAUUGUAAAUAUAGUUCAAGUUGUAUAUUAACAACUGCCCCAUCUUAGUAUUUUGCAAGAUCUACUUAGUUGUACACCUGGUGCCCCUUACUUGCUGUCAGUCAUUGCCAUUUGGUGGAAGGAAAGGCCUCUUUUAAGGAGUAUGUAUGUGAAAGCUGUUUGUUUCCAGUGUCUACAGAGUUUGCUGUCUGGGUAUUCUCUGUCUAUGCAUUGCCUUUGAUAAUUAGCAUACAGAAAGAGACCACUUUCUGUCGUUCUUUUUCUUUUUCUCCCUCCUGUAUGGAAGAGGCUUGUGACCAGUGCAAUUCUUGAGUGCAGUUUUUAAUUUUGUUUGUAUACAAGUUAAUGUUUGUCUCUUAAAUGUUAUAAUCUGUUUUACAUUUUAAAAACAGUCCUAGCAGGUGUUGCAUGUAAAUGGUUAGCAAGUAAUGACUGCAGUUCAGAUGAUUAAGAUUUCUGUAAUGGGACACUCUACUAUAUUUUAAUUUUUAUAUACAAUUAUGCUGAUUAGCACACUUGUAAAAAAACAAAACAACUAUAUAAAACUUUGGCUUUUUAAAACUUAUUGCCUCUUUACCACUGCUUGUUACAUCUCCCAUUCGUUUUACAGUGUAAAUAUUAUGCAUUGAACAAAUUAAGCAUUGAUUUAUAUAUUUUUUUCCUUAUAACGCAGAUUUAUAGCGGGGCUUACAGGUGUUUAGAAACUUUAUUGGUUAAUAUUCAGAGCAAGAAUACUAGAUGGUGUAUAACUGUAGAGCUGAAAUUUAAGAGAUCCCUUAAUCUGUAUACUAGCUUUUUACCUACAGUAAAUAAACUAUGAUCUUGAAAGUGCCUGAAACAGAGCAAGCAUGUCAUUUUUAUUUUUUGUUGCUAAUUAGUAAGGUUUUAUUGCUUAACUGAAAGCUUUAGUUAAUAUCCUUCUUAUUAGAAAGGGCGAGUUUAUAUUAAGUAGAUCAAACUGACCUAAUCGGUGGAGUCGCUCAGAUCUGCAGGGUUCAUGACCGAGACAGAUUGAGUUAGCGUACGAGUGUGCAGCCGUGCCCGCCAUGGGUAGACCUCUUCUAUCUCAAGCACAACUCUACAGCCUCGUCUGUGACUGGACUUCCAAUUCUGCACCUCAUUUCGUAUUACUUACAUGCUUAGGUAGUUGAUUUUAAAAUAGAACUUAAAUUCAUCAUACUUAAGUAACCUUUUUUUAAAUAAAGGUUUUUAAAAUAUGGUCCUUAACAUUUAAUGCCACACUGUUCUUUCAGUUCUUAAAUGCUGUUUCUUUAGAAAAAAAAUAAAUUAAAAGUAUAUUGUAAGGUAUUUCAAACUCUGGUUUACAAAUAAAAAGAUGCAGUGUUUUCUCAGUUGUAAAAUGCUGUGUUUAAAUCUUUGAGGAGCUUGGGCAUGAACUUUCAGCUUGGACGUUUAUUUUAAGCUUUUUCAAAACUUGUUUGUUUUAAAUGGAGGACAAAUGAGAGUUGCUGUGUUGCUUUUACAUUUGACAGCAUACAGAAAGAAUUCUGUGCUUGAUAGUAUAUUCUCACUCACUGCUUUCAUUGUCUCGUGAUGUUUUCUGAUUUUCUGUAGCUCCUUGAGAGGAUAAAGAAAUCAGUUGGAAGUGUCAGAGAAAUAGUGAAGUAUUCAUGAGUAAGUUGAAUGCACAAUUUUUUUAAAACAGCUUUGAAAAGCUGUAUUUGAAACAUCCUUCAGACUGACAGUAUCUUUUUGUAGUCCCUUUUCUGUCCUCUCAUCUUCAUUCUGUAUUUAUGUUUCUGCUGGGUUUCACGUUAGGUUGUGGAAGACACAGGGGUUUUGUCUCCCUUAGAGCCAUUAUGUUCAGAAAUGUUACCCUUCUUUAGCCACCUUUAGAGAGGUUUCCACCCCCAAAUAGAAGAUAACUCCCUACAAUAUUUAUCAGCUUUCUCUUCCUUCAAGGUAGAACCUGUGUGAUAGAGUUUGUACUAGGUGUAUCAAAGAACCCUCUGAUAGGUUUGAUGUAAGUAACAAGUGGUUUUUGAAGAGCGAUGGUACCUUUUGCUAGACCACCUGAUAUACACCUGGGUGUAUGGGGGGACACAGAAGAACUUUUGGACUCUUCAAGUCCAAUGCGCUUUAAAAAAACCCAAAUCCUCAUGGGUGCUACCAGACCUAAAGUCUAACAAUAAAGGUAAGUUUGGUACAGUAACAGGGAUUAAUUUAGCAAACAUUCUUGCCUUCGUUUCAGGUUCUAAUAAAGUGGUUGAACGUGGGAGUCUGCUUUGUUCUGCUGAGAUUCAGGUAUCCUUUCUUCGUAUUAGCUGCUGCUGCAGCUCACAGAUCAGGUUUUAAGACAGUUCUGGCUGCUGUGAGUCUGUCUCUCACUGGCUACCUGAAGUAAAGAUUGCUAUCUAUAGCCUGAAGAACCUGAACCUUAAGGGAAAAUAAGUAUUGUUAUUCAGGGACUCAUUCUUCUAAAACAAACUUCCCAGUUAAUCUCAAAAACAGGAUUUUGAAGGAUAGAUCCACAAAUGGCAUAGACAUACAUUUAAUUUUACAGUCCUUGAGAUUUCCAUCCUCCUGCGUUUCUAGAGAUGGCUUUACAGUGCUCCUUUAUGAGGUGUUAGUGAAAACUCUGUGCCAUGCAUGAUGCUUUCGAGGUGAAAGUUGCAUAAAUUGGCUAUAAAAGACUGGUGGCUGAGUGCUCAUGUGUUCAUGCCCAUUUCUCCUACAAAGUAAAGAUAUGUAUUAACUGUGUUCUCUGUGAACUGGACUGAAUCUGUACUGAAACAAAAUAAAGCACCCUUUCAAGCUA